AUGCAAACCAAAGCUGAUACUGACUCAUUCUGGACUUGGAAUGGAACCAGCACCAACAGCAAACAACAGUUCUCCAUAACCAAGCUCCUCGACAACAACAAACCCCAAAAACCUCAAACCUCAUUUCCUCGUCCUGGCUUCGGAGCUGGAAUCGGCUGCGGUGCCGGACUAGGCUUCGGUUUGGUCGGUGGCGGUGGUUUCGGGUCCGGAGGGUGGCCCUUCAACCACCUCAACUUCGUUUUUGGUCUCGGAAUGGGUUGUGGGUUGGGUGUUGGAUUUGGCUACGGUCAAGGGAUUGGGUACGACUUCAAUUUCAGAACUCGUAAGUCUAGAAAAUCUAAGAAUAAGUAUACGGAUUCUGAAAAAACAAUUGUUGUUCAGAUAUGA